AUGAGCAGACCUGCACCCAUCGACACGCAGUCCAGUGCAAUUAAACGUGCAGCGGGCAGGGUAGUCUCUUUCCUGACACCCAAGAAGGACAAAUUCUCGCCUACGAGCCCAGAGAAUUCACAGAAGCCAUUACCUCCAUUUGAGCCUCAGAGGCUGCUCGAAGCGGGCAGAGAACGUCAUGACCUACCUCAACGUCCGUUGCAACGAGAGCCAUCCCGACACUCACUUCGUCCGUCGGUUUCCCGCAGCUCACUCCGUCCAGACAUGUAUUCGCACUCUCGGGCUGGAUCUCGAGACACUCGCGAUCAUCGUGACAGAUCUGCUUCUAGAGGUUCUGUCAUCUCUCACACUCGAUCUGCAUCGCGAAUGUCAAUGCGCUCAUUUGACUCCAGAUGGACGCGAGAUGAGCCCUACAGAGAUCCAGACAACCGAGAAUUUAAACUCAAGCGGGACGCUGAACCAAAAGAGAUUGAUGGCAUCACCCACUGGUGGACAAACCUCUACCUCGAAGGAAAAUUUCUCGGCCAUUUCUUCUGCCGCCAGGAGCCACGUUUUAAGCCCGAUUGUUUCUUCCCAGGAAUGAUCAUCUGGGCAACACACGCUUUCUUCCAGAACAACCUCAAUGCCACACCUGGAGAUCCUCGCAUCGCUCUGACCCGGCACGCGCCUGUUUAUGUCAAGCCAAGACCUAUGGUGGUGUUGUACUCUACUGACUCAGGCUUGUGCUGCGCUCCGAUGUUCUCUCUCGAUAACAAAAACCAGUGGCAUAGGAGGAAGUAUGAAUACAUCGCCAUCACUAAAGAAGGUGACGACUGGCAAGGUGAGACAGACUGGGCUGGUGUACUCACAUUCCGACCACAUCCCUAA